GGCGAAGUAUAGAAGCCGGCGACGGGGGACGGGCGACGUGAUUGGCGCGCGCACUGACCGCUUCCUGUUUUGCCGGUCAGCACCCCCCGAUUUUUGAUUUUCGAGCGCAGGCAGUUGCAACCAGUUCCAACUUUCACCUCACGCUUGCUGGUCUAGGUAAGUGAAUGUUGUCGCACUCACCUGUCGUCGAGGGGACGUGACGCGCAUGACCACAACAAGGCCUCCCACAUCAACAACCUCCCCCCCGCCUCUUUCUCUUUCUCUUUCUCUUUCUUUCUUCUCCCACCACCUUCUCAUCUCUCACUUCUCGACUCUACACCAUCCACACAACAUCGAUCCCAAGCCUUUACCACACCUUUCAAGUCUUUCUGAACUAGAUUCUGCUUGAUCUACACUCUUACUACCUUGCUUCCAAAUCUGAGCUACUCAAACAGCUAGUAUCGUUGCUAAACCUUCGUCCGCUGUGACCUCGAGCGCAUCUGUCCGCCGCCCUUGAGUGACGCAAGUCUUCCACAAUGCGUACUCGUUCUCAGCAGCAGUCGCCUGGCAACUUCGUCUCUCUCGAGAAUCCGUCUCGUCGGACUCGCUCGACCCGAAGCGCCUCGCAGACCAAAAAUGUCAAUACCACAAAUGCCACCGAUCGCACAGAUCCCGAUCCCACCGAAGAAGAACCUUCUGGGCCCUCUAAACAGCCCGCGACGCGCGCGAAGAGCCAGCGUGUGACCAAGAAAAAAUUUGCCUCAACUACCAAGAAGAAAGUCACCAAGGCCGCAUCCAGUAAGCCCGCCGCAAAAGCCACCCGGAAGUCGACGCGAAAGACCGCGAAGGCCACAUCCGAGGAGCCUGAAACCCAUGCAGACGAAACGCCGGAGACAACCCCAGAAACCGACGAUAACAAAGAAAACGCCGACGAUGCGAUCCAGAAUACCGAGUCCGAGAGCGCUACUGCCGAACAGGCUUUAGCUGAGAAGGACGACGCCCAAAUCAACAGGAAGCGCACCCGUUCCGUCGUGAGCGAUGAGGAAACGGCUGCGGGGGGCCCAGAGACCCCGAUUGCCAACAAGCGUCGGAACCUGGGUGCCCCGGGAAGUACCCCGUUCGCCCGGAGACUUCCCCCUCUCUCCCGUCGAUUAUCGUCGACGUCCGUGCCUUACUCAGAGAGGUUGCGGCGGCGGCAGGCAGAGAGAAACGGAAGAAUCCAUCGAACUGUCUUCCGGCUCCCAGAGUACAUCGCCCAAGAGAUGGCUGAUCGUCAAGCAGCGGAGACCGCUAGCCAGCCGGAACCUCCCUUGACGCAUGUCGAUGGCCCAGAAGACCCGGGGAAAUCUCAGGGCCAGGACCAGCAAGUUGAAGACGCGCCCGCUGAACACUCUUCAGAAAAGCCUUCAGCUCCUUCAGCAGCCCUUCCCUCGGCCUUGCCCGAAACGCCUCGUAGAGGCUGGAACAUUCGCGGUCUGCUCAAUUCCGUGCCUCGCUCGUUCUCUCGGCUCAUCCCGGGUUUCGGCCGGCCGUCAGCGCAGAAUAGACAGCCUGAGCAAUCAUUGCCGUCUUCGGAGUCUGAGACCACUAAGCAGUCAGCUUUAGAAGGUAUCGACCGUACAGUGGAUACUGAGCCAGAGUUCACCAGUACAAAAGCCAAGUUCCGUCCGUGGAAGCCUCGACGUCGCCUGACUACUGGUGAGCCGCCCCAGAAGCGUCGAAAUCUUGAGUACUCUCUUUUCCCUGCUCCGAUGGACAGGUCUCUCUAUCUUGGUGAUAUCACCACGCCCCUCCGGGAUUUACCCGAGCCAUCCACCUUGCAGUCUGCUUCUCUGCCGCCUACUUCACACCCCUCUACCGUUGAUACACGUCCUCGUGAGCCAACUACUACCGCUGCUACUACCCUCACUUCGGAAUCCUCUGCUCAGAUCGAAGACGCAUCAUCGGCUACUCAGGCUCAAGAGAUCAGAGGACGCGAGACUCCACAGCAGGCUAGCUCUAACAAGCAAAAGAAGCGCAAGCGUGCGCCGUCUCCUGACGUUAUUCCCAACCCGCCUGGAUGCAGCUAUGGAAUGGAUACCGACUACUUCUGGUACAGCUCUGACAGCGAGGAUGAGGGCGAGGAUGAGGCCCCCGAGCAGUCUACUGCCCCUCAGCAGGCCAACGGUCUGGCUAGAACUGCUGUGCGCAGUGCUCUCCGCUCAGAUCGGCCUGCAUCUAAAAAGGUCCGAUUCGACGCUAGCCCCGAGGACACUCCAUCGAAACUUCGCACUCGUGCCCGUGCUACCGACCCUUAUACCGGAUCUCAUUUCAUCGGCAUGGGUAGUGGUUCCCCUUCGUCGCCUACUCCGAACGCGCCCAGCCCCGCUCCGUUUGUCGAAGAGGAAGAGGAAGACCUGUACGGGCCGUCUCCGGUUGUCGACCCUCGCACUCGUCCCGGAUUCAUCCCCAACACGCAGGGAACUUUCCAGCUUGAUUACGACGCCUUCUCAGAUGACGACUCGUCUGAACCCAGCGAACCGUCUUCUCCCACAAGCGCUUCUGCUCCGAGCUCUGCACCUGCCACGGAGACUCCACUCGGUGAAAGCCCUCGAUCUCCUGCGGCAUCUACUGCACCUUCAGUUGCACCAGCUGCUACACCUCGUCCGGCUUCAUUCAUGCCUCCAUCGACUCCAGCAGCCACGGUAGACGACGAAGCUCUCGCGAAGGUUCGCUCUCUGGCUGAAAAGCACAAGCCCAAAACCCCCAGCCGCCUUCGCACCGCAAGUCGUUACUCUAGUCCCAUGACCAUCACCCCGGAUGCUCGCAUUGAAAGCGCGCCUGUUGAGGAUUUCGGUGAUGAUGAAUUUGCCCAAGACGCUCAGUGGCUUUAUGAGCACUGCCCCUCCGGAGAUCUUACCCAAUUCCAGUGGCCCAAUAGACAGGGUUAUCAGGAAAGUCUUGAGAUUAGCCAAACUGCCAUUGACGUUCUUGCUAAAGUGUGGAACGACUCUGAGGUCGAUGAGGCACAUAAUCUCUUCUGUCAAGGCUUCGAAGAAUUCAAGCAGCAGGCAUAAAGCCCUCUCAUAUGAUUCCUUACUGUGACGAAGAAGCGUUGAUUUUUUGUUUUCUACUUCAUUCAACUCUGUUUUUCUUCUUCUCUGUUUCUGGUUUCUGGCAUGUAUGCAUAUUUCUUGUUAUUCUUUAUCUUCUCUAAACAAUUCUGCCCGACUUCCUGGUUGUCUGAUUCUUCCUCUUCUUGCAGUCUCAAAGAUUGCAGGGCUCAGACGGUUGGUUCAGGAAUUUUGCUGUGUGAGGAAUACUCGAAGCUUCGGUUGUGGAUCGUCUAACGGGCAUUUCCAGUCGCGGACUCCUUCAGCUCCAAGCUGAAGUUUGCAGGCCCUUCUGUCAAAUGCUGCAUUCAUAUCUUUAUCUCGCAAUUUGCGGUCUCCUUCGAUUUUAAGUUGAAAUGUGAGGUCCCUCUUCGGAAUCUUCGCUUGUGGACUCCUUCAACCUCCCAGUUGAAGUUUGCAGUCUGCUCCUCAUUUUCGAUUGUGGACCCCUUCAACCUAUAAUCGAAGUUUGCAGGCCCUCUUGCUGAAAAUCUUUCUAGUUUUUCUCUAUUCGCAAGUUGCAGCCUCCUACAGCUUUAAGUUGAAUGUUGCAGGCUCCUUCGUCAGACGUCCCUCCUGCUUCUUUCCCCUUGCUCGAUUUGAUGAACGGUUUUGUGGAUCUGUGGUACUUCUUUUUCAUUGUCAGGUGUAAUCUUGUUUCCUGUUUUUCGAUUUCAGCGGAGGAGUUUUUGAUAUCAUCUCCCCGCUUGGGGCUGUGUCUGAGCCUUGCAUUUGCAUUUUAUCUGAGAGCUUGUACUCCAGGCGUUUUCUUGCGCAAUAAAAAAGAGUUGCAUUUUGUUUCUAACAAUAAACAAUGGA